CCUCCUACAAUCCAUUUGAUAACGGUUGGACAAUGGAUGUGGGUGUUGUCUUCUUGUUAUUCACAUAACCUGUGAAGCAGAAGAAUAAAAUAGAGUCUGCUUAGACAGAGGAGCAACAGGCAAUGGAUCCCAAAUGUUGGCGUGUGGAACUAAAUGAUGGCCGCUUCAUUCCUGUUCUGGGAUUUGGCACCUAUGCACCUGAAGAGGUUCCUAAGAGUAUGGCUGGAGCGGCCACGAAAGUGGCUAUUGAUGUGGGUUUCCGUCACAUUGACUCAGCGUACCUCUAUCAGAAUGAGGAGGAGGUCGGCAAGGCCCUUCGAGAGAAGAUCAGGGAUGGCACUGUGAAGAGAGACGACAUAUUCUACACCACCAAGCUUUGGGCUACUUUCCUUCGACCAGAACUGGUUCGACCAGCCCUGGAAAGAUCACUGAAGAAACUUGGACUGGACUACGUAGAUCUCUUCAUCAUUCAUGUGCCUAUUGCUAUGAAGCCUGGGGAGGAGCUUGUGCCAAAGGAUGCUGGUGGGAAAAUUAUUUUAGAUACAGUGGACUUUUGUGACACAUGGGAGGCCCUGGAGAAGUGUAAAGAUGCCGGUUUAACCAAGUCAAUCGGGGUGUCCAAUUUCAAUCACAAACAGCUGGAGAUGAUCCUGAACAAGCCAAGGCUCAAGUACAAGCCUGUUUGCAACCAGGUGAAAUGCCACCCUUACCUCAACCAGAGCAAACUGCUGGAGUUCUGCAAGUCCAAGGACAUUGUCCUAGUUGCCUACAGUGCCCUGGGGUCCCAUAGAGACCCAAAAUGGGUGGAAAGAGAUAGUCCAUAUCUCUUGGAGGAUCCAAUCUUGAAUGCUAUUGCCAAGAAACACAAUCGAAGUCCAGGCCAGAUUGCUCUGCGCUACCAGCUACAACGUGGUGUGGUGGUCCUGGCCAAGAGCUUCAAUGAGAAGAGAAUCCAAGAGAACUUCCAGGUUUUUGACUUUGAAUUGACUCCAGAAGACAUGAAAGCAAUUGAUGGUCUCAACAGAAAUUUCCGAUAUGAAAAAUUGCUUUUUGCUGUUGAUCACCUUUAUUAUCCGUAUUCUGAAGAAUAUUGACCGUGAGUUAUCCACCAAGAGUUAUACCAGAAUUUCCUACUUCUAAGCGUUUGGAGAGGAUUUCUGAACUUGACAGAGCUGACUCAAAGCAGUGUCUGUAGUUUCAGGCUGCUAGCCUUUCUUUUUGUUCAUUUCUUUCUUUUUUCUUUUUAUGAAAAAAUAAAUACUUCAAUAUACAGA